AUGAGGGAAGCAAAUGAAUUGAAUGUAGUUGAUGAGUUUGUCAUUUCCGGCUGUGAAGUGGACCAAAAAGUUUUUGUUUGUCCUGGAACGUUAAUGCGAGUGUUGGAGCCCAGUUCUGUGCGGGAGGCGGAGCAUCAGUCGGGGGCAUGGUGUAAAGACCCUCUGCAAGCGGGUGAUAGGCUCUAUGUUAUGCCCUGGACGCCCUAUCGCACAGAUAUGCUGUACGAAUACGCUUCCUGGGACGACUACAUCCAAAACCGAGUCACCACCACCUAUAAGUUGCCGAGUCGAGUUGACGGCACUGGUUUUGUUGUGUAUGAUGGGGCUGUGUUCUAUAACAAGGAACGCACACGCAACAUUGUGAAAUACGACCUGCGGACUCGCAUCAAGAGCGGUGAAGCUAUUAUUGCAACCGCCAACUAUCAUGACACAUCGCCGUACCGCUGGGGCGGGAAAUCCGACAUCGACCUAGCAGUGGACGAACACGGGCUUUGGGUCAUAUAUGCCACUGAAGCCAACAGCGGACGCCUCGUUGUUAGCCAGGUGAACCCGUACACGCUGAGGUUUGAGGGGACGUGGCAGACAAGCUUUGAGAAGCGCAUGGCGUCAGAUGCGUUCGUGGCGUGUGGCAUCUUGUACGCCGUUCGUUCCGUGUACCAGGACGAUGACAGCGAGGUGGGUGGAGACCUGAUCCUGUACGCCUACGACACGCGACGUAACCACGAGGAGCCGGUGAGAAUCCCGUUCCCCAACCCAUACCAGCACAUCUCCUCCAUCAGCUACAACCCCAGAGACAACCAGCUGUACGUCUGGAACAACUACAUCGUCCUGCGGUACCCGCUGGAGUUCAGCCCGCCGCAGCCCACCACAGAUCCUCUCUCGACGCCUCUUCUCUCCACCACUCCUCCGAGCGCGCUCUCCACCACCGUGUCGAUGGGCUUCAGUCCCACUUCCAUCCCGUCUGUGACCUUCCACCCUGUGGGGUCUAUAAACAGGGCUCCGGCGGGGCGACCCAUCACAGCCACGAUCCCGGUGACCGUCAGGCCUCCCCGCCGACCGCAGGGGCCGCGCACACCCAUGUGUGAGGGCCGCGUGACCCGCGGGGUCCAGUGGCCCCCAACUCAUCGAGGAGAAACGGUGGAGAGGCCGUGUCCCAAAGGAUCCCUCGUUCGGGACUACAUCCAAAACCGAGUCACCACCACCUAUAAGUUGCCGAGUCGAGUUGACGGCACUGGUUUUGUUGUGUAUGAUGGGGCUGUGUUCUAUAACAAGGAACGCACACGCAACAUUGUGAAAUACGACCUGCGGACUCGCAUCAAGAGCGGUGAAGCUAUUAUUGCAACCGCCAACUAUCAUGACACAUCGCCGUACCGCUGGGGCGGGAAAUCCGACAUCGACCUAGCAGUGGACGAACACGGGCUUUGGGUCAUAUAUGCCACUGAAGCCAACAGCGGACGCCUCGUUGUUAGCCAGGUGAACCCGUACACGCUGAGGUUUGAGGGGACGUGGCAGACAAGCUUUGAGAAGCGCAUGGCGUCAGAUGCGUUCGUGGCGUGUGGCAUCUUGUACGCCGUUCGUUCCGUGUACCAGGACGAUGACAGCGAGGUGGGUGGAGACCUGAUCCUGUACGCCUACGACACGCGACGUAACCACGAGGAGCCGGUGAGAAUCCCGUUCCCCAACCCAUACCAGCACAUCUCCUCCAUCAGCUACAACCCCAGAGACAACCAGCUGUACGUCUGGAACAACUACAUCGUCCUGCGGUACCCGCUGGAGUUCAGCCCGCCGCAGCCCACCACAGAUCCUCUCUCGACGCCUCUUCUCUCCACCACUCCUCCGAGCGCGCUCUCCACCACCGUGUCGAUGGGCUUCAGUCCCACUUCCAUCCCGUCUGUGACCUUCCACCCUGUGGGGUCUAUAAACAGGGCUCCGGCGGGGCGACCCAUCACAGCCACGAUCCCGGUGACCGUCAGGCCUCCCCGCCGACCGCAGGGGCCGCGCACACCCAUGUGUGAGGGCCGCGUGACCCGCGGGGUCCAGUGGCCCCCAACUCAUCGAGGAGAAACGGUGGAGAGGCCGUGUCCCAAAGGAUCCCUCGGUAUCGCGUCGUAUCAGUGUAUAACAGACGAUGUGGUGUGGAACCCCAGAGGUCCCGACCUCAGCAACUGCACCUCGCCCUGGGUCAGCCAGGUCGCUCAAAAGAUUAAGAGCGGGGAGAACGCAGCACAUACCGCUUCUGUACUUGUCAAUCACACUCGGGGGCGGGUCUAUGCCGGUGAUGUCACUUCCUCUGUGCGUCUGAUGGAGCAGCUGCUGGACAUUCUGGACUCACAGCUGCAGGCGCUGCGACCCGGAAACAAGGAGUCGGCCACACGCAACUACAACAAGCUUCAGAAGAGAGAACGGACUUGUCGAGCGUUUAUUCAGGCGGUGGUGCAGACGGUGGAUAAUCUGCUGCGUUUGGAGGCGCUGGAGUCGUGGCAGGACAUGAACUCUACAGAACAGUCACACACCGCCACCAUGCUGCUCGACGUCAUGGAGAAAGGAGCGUUUCUAUUGGCUAACAACCUGUACGGGGGUCACUUCAGCGACCGCGCACCAAACAUUGAUCUGGAGGUGUAUGUGCUCAACACAGAGAUGGAGCUGAAGGAUCUGUUCUUCCCGAACUCGUAUGACAGCGACAGCACCAUCCAGGUGUCGUCAUCUACCAUCAAACAGUACAGCCGCAACGGUCAGGUGAAGGUGGUUUUCACGCUCUAUAAGAACCUGGGCUCGUUCCUCUCCACUCAAAACGCCACGGUGAAGAUGCACGGCGAGUCUGGAGGACACAGUCUAGCCGUCAACUCCCACAUCAUCUCUGCCUCCAUGAACAAAGAGUCCAGCCGCGUGUUUCUGACCGAUCCUGUAGAGUUCACGCUGAGACACCUGCAGCUGGAGAAUCACUUCAAUCCCAAUUGUUCGUUCUGGAAUUACUCUGAGCGCUCGAUGACGGGUCAGUGGUCGUCACAGGGCUGCAGACGUCUGCACAGCAACAACACGCACACCACCUGUGCCUGCUCGCAUCUCACCAACUUCGCCGUGCUCAUGAGCCACCAGCAGCCCGCCUAUCCCGGCGGCGUUCAGGGUCUGAUCCUGUUCGUCAUCACAUGGGUGGGGAUGGUGAUCUCUCUGGUGUGUCUGGCUCUGUGUAUCUCCACCUUCUGCUGCCUACAAGGCCUUCAGAGCGACCGCACCACCAUCCACAAGAACCUGUGCCUCACACUCUUCAUCUCACAACUCCUCUUCCUCAUCGGCAUGGAUAAGACACACUAUACCGUGGUGUGUCCGGUUCUGGCCGGUCUGCUGCACUUCUUCCUGCUGUCAGUGUUCUGCUGGCUCUGCAUGGAGACGGUGCAGCUGUACGUGCUGAUGGUGGAGGUGUUUGAAAGUGAGACGUCUCGUCGUAAGUACUACUACCUCUCCGCGUACGGCUUCCCCACACUGGUGGUGGCCAUUUCCACUGCCAUCGACUACAGGAGCUACGGAGGACCCAAAGCUUGCUGGCUGAGGGUGGAUAACUACUUCAUCUGGACGUUUAUUGGCCCCGCCUCCCUCGUUAUCCUGCUGAACCUGGCAGUGCUGGUCAUCACCAUCCACCGCAUGCUGCGGCACUCCACUGUGCUGAAGCCAGACUCCAGCCGAUUAGACAACAUCAAGUAA